UCCUUGUGUAAGGGCUUCUACGUUAGUGCAUUGUCUCUGUAAUCUUGAAUAUUGACAAAGUCGUUAACCAACCUACCUGCGAGCUCAAAGGUUAUAACUUGACACCCUCUUCAAAUUGAUAGAAAUAUAACAAUAAAGAGGAUUGUUAACAUACAUAGGUUCAGAAGUUGAUUUGACUUAAACAUGGCAGAUGGACUUCAAGGAAAUUGGAGCCAAAAAUCAGUAGAAAAUCUAGAAAACUACAUGAAGGCAGUAGGUGUGGGAUUUGCAUUACGAAAGAUAGGAAAUGUGACAUCAACUCAUGAAGAACUUGUAAAAGAUGGUGAUUCCUGGACUAUAAACGUUACAUCUACAUUUAAAAAUUCGAGCAGAGUUGCCAAACUUGAGGAAGAAUUUGAUGAAGUGACUGCAGAUGGAAGAAAAUGUAAGAGUACAUUCUCUAAUAAAGACGGGAAGCUGGUGAAACACCAGAAGGGUCCAGGAGAAUCUAUCAUUACAAGAGAACUUGUGGACGAUAACACUAUGAUACUGACUAUGGUUCCAGUGGGUAAAGAAGAACACACGAGUACAAGAACAUACACACGUGACAAAUAAACAAUCAAUAAAUCAAUAUUAUUAAACAAUUAAUGUGAAACCACACAAUCAAUUUGUAAAAUUCGAGAUUGGCAAGGUUAUUUUUGCUCAUUGGAUACUUAGUUUAUAAUAGUUAAUUUUAGAACAUUAAAAAUCAUAUUACCAACUUUCUUUUUUGUUGUUGCACUUCCAAA